UAUUGAACCAUGAACCAUGAAUCAAUGGAGUCCUGCAUGGUCCUGCAUACCACCAAUUUUUCUUCUUUCAUGCCAAAAAAUUCAGAAAGUACCAAAAAAAACAUUAAAAUGUGUAUCAGUGUAUGUGCCAUCGACUAUUGAUUGUGUUAUAUUUGAUAUAACUGAUACAUACUAUUACUGGCGACAUUGCUUAGGCUAAUGAACAAAAGGCGUUUUAGUUAAAUCAACAAAUGGAAUUUAUUUGAGUUCUAUCAUAAAAGAAAUUUAUGACAAUUGAUUAUUUUUAAUAAGUGAUUGAAUUAUCGGAUAAUCGAUUGCAAAAUGAAUAUGGUACCGGGAACAGCGUCGUUACUCGAAGAACUCGACAAAAAACUUAUGGUUUUAUUGAGAGAUGGCAGGACCUUAAUUGGUUAUCUUAGAAGUGUAGACCAAUUUGCUAAUAUUGUAUUACACCGUACUAUUGAAAGGAUUCAUGUUGGCAAGGAAUAUGGUGAUAUUCCAAGAGGUAUAUUCAUAGUAAGAGGUGAAAAUGUUGUGCUCUUGGGAGAAAUAGACUUAGAAAAAGAAAAAGUCUUGCCCUUAACACAAGUGACAGUGGAUGAUAUUCUGGAUGCCCAAAGACGUGAACAAGAAUUGAAACAAGACCAGAAACGAUUGAGGAAUAAAGCUCUGAAAGAACGUGGCCUUUCAUAUAUGCCUGAUCUAAAUCACGAUGAUAUGUUCUGACCUAUAAAUAUCAGCCUAUCCUAUAUCAUCUAAUCUUUUGUAUGAUACCAAUGAUUAUAAAGUUUACUGUAACCUCUU